AUGCGUGCAGCUGCUGCCCGUGCCUUCUCGCAGUCCACUCGGCCCCGUCGUCGCAUCCUCGUGACGGGGGGCACGGGUCAAAUCGGCAUGGAGCUCGUGCCGUUCUUGCGAGAGGUGUUUGGCCCCGACACGGUCGUGAACUCCGACAUCAAAGCGCCGCUCGGGGCCCGCGACGAUCCGCGCUUUGCCUACUGCGACGUCCAGGACGCAACGUCCAUGGCCCGCGUCAUUGCCGAACAGGGCGUGGACACGAUCGUGCACAUGGCGUCGCUGCUGUCGGCCGUGGGCGAGACGAACCCGGCGCUGGCGCUGGCCGUCAACACGCGCGGGAUCCAGAACGUGCUCGAGCUCGCCAAGCUGCACCAGCUGCAGGUCUUUGCGCCGUCGACGAUCGCUGUGUUUGGGCCGUCGACGCCGCAAGACGAGACGCCGGACGUGACUAUCAUGCGGCCCACGACCAUGUACGGCCUCACAAAAGUCCACUUGGAGCUCCUGGGCGAGUACUACUACCACAAGUUCCAAGUCGACUUCCGCUCGGUGCGGUACCCGGGCAUCAUCUCGUCGGAAGCCAUGCCCGGGGGCGGCACGACGGACUACGCCGUCGAGAUCUUCUACCACGCGCUCCAGCACGGCAAGUACACGUGUUUCCUCGCGCCCGAGACCAAGUUGCCCAUGAUGUACAUGCCCGACUGCCUCAAAGCGACGGUCGGGCUCUUGGACGCCCCGAACGAGUGUCUGGGGCAACGGACGUACAACAUUACAGCGCUGUCGUUCACACCGGCGGAGCUCGUGGCGUCGAUCCAACGGGUGCUGCCGACCUUCGAGUGCACGUACGCGCCCGACUUUCGCCAGCAGAUUGCCCAGACGUGGCCCAAAUCGCUCGACGACAGUCGCGCGCGCGUGGACUGGCAGUGGCAGCACGACUUUGAGCUCGAUGCAAUGGUCGAAGAUAUGCUCGUGAAGCUCGACGCGAAGCUGUCGAAACGGGAAGGAGACGUCGAGGAGAUGGUGUGA